AUGCUCCGCCUCAGGUGCUGCAUCCUCACCCAGCUUCUCUCAUCUCCCUCCUCCCAGCUCCACCGCCUCUUCUCCGCCGCCGCGCCCGCCGUCUCCCCGAACCCUAGCUUCGCCGUGGAGGAGUACCUCGUCGCCACCUGCGGCCUCACCCGACCCCAGGCCCUCAAGGCCUCAGCCAAGCUCUCCCACCUCAAGUCCCCUUCCAAGCCCGACGCCGUCCUCGCCUUCCUCGCCGGCCUCGGCCUCUCCGCCGCCGACAUCGCAGCCGCCGUAGCCAAGGACCCGCAGCUGCUCUGCGCCAAAGUGGAGAGUACCCUGGCCCCCGUCGUCGCCGGGCUCACCGGCCUCGGUCUCUCGCGCUCUGAGAUCGGGCGCCUCGUCCCGCUCACCGGUGCCACUUUCCGCUGUAAAUCCAUCAUCACCGGGCUGCAUUACUGCUUGCCCCUCUUCGGCUCCUCCGAGAACCUCCUUCAAGCCCUCAAGAGUGGAUCGGUUCUCUCAUCCGACCUCGAGCGGGUGGUCAAGCCCAAUGUCGCCUUCAUGCGCGAGUGUCGGCUAGGUGUCUGUGAUAUUGCCAAGCUCUACGCACAUACGCCAUCGCUGCUCAACAUCAGCACGGAACGCAUCCGGACAGCAGUGGCAUGCGUUGAAGGUCUUGGUGUAUCCCGUGGAUCCCCGAUGUUCAGACAUGGAUUACAAGCUGUUGCAUUCCUCAACGAGGAGAAAAUCACCACCAAGGUAGAGCACUUGAAGGAAACAUUCAGGUGGUCGGAUGCCGAGGUGGGCAUUGCCGUUUCUAAGGCUCCAACGUUGCUGACGAGGACUAAGGAAUCGCUGCAGCGCAGGUCUGAGUUCCUCAUCUCUGAGGUGGGCCUAGAGCCAACAUACAUAGCACAUCGGUCGGUAAUGCUCACUUACAGCCUGGAGGGCCGGCUGAGGCCCCGGUACUACGCUGUAAAGUUUCUCAAGGAAAAUGGAUUGCUCAAGGGCGGCCCGAGCUACUCUACUGUUUUCAAUGAGACCGACAAGGUAUUCAGGGAGAAGUACAUAUGCCCUCACAAGGAAGCUGCACCACACCUCCAAGAGGACUAUGAUGCCGCUUGCAAAGGGGAAGUGCCAACCAAUUUCAGAUUCACAUGAGCCAAGAAUGGGCAUAUGUAACUGUGUGCUGGUUGCCUGCUGUUGUAUGACUGUUAGAUGCUGGGUUUGGUCGUUGCUAACGUGUGAUGGAAUCAUGGAAUUGAUAGUUUGAUCCCUGAAUACUGAUAUGUAAUGCAGCAGAGAAGAAAGCAUUGAUUGGUUAUGAACUUUUUUGUCCUCAUUCAUGUUUUUAAACACACAUAUUGAAAGUGUGAGAUCAGGCCAUGGAGGAGGGCUCACUUGUACAGGUUAUCUGCGAAACAUCGAACUCUCACAUUGAGGAGGGUUGGCAUCAUUUAAGUUUAAGGUUAUGGAAAGGCUCCCCGGGGUAAGAAUUGAUUUUGUUGGUGGACCUUAAAGAUGCACCAUUAGUCAACUGCCAACUAUUUGUUGUUUUGAGUAAGACACAACCCUGUUGAAGUCUUACAAGUAUUUUUCCUACUAGGUUUCACUAAGAUUUUGUCGCUUUGUUGGCAACGAUAAAGAAUAUUUUGCUGCAGUCCAUGCUGUAAAUCUAUAUGAUGCAUCAUACACUAGAGUGUUUAUAUGUUUCUUCAGGUUUUUUUGAACUAUGAUGAUAUUGAAGCUCAACUAUACAUUGACCUUGACUUGUUCUGCCCAGCGAAUAUCAUAAAACCAUUCCCCUUAUAAGUAGUGAUUGUUAUGAAUGCUAGCAGAUGCCUCUUUCACUGUUUUCAUAUAUCUUAUAGUUCCCGUGUGCGUAUUUAGAUCUGUAACUAAAAUGCUAGGAUGCACAAGUUGACAUUUUGCAAUUGGCCAAGCAAACCAUUAAGUUUGUUAGUCUACCUCUUUUGUCAACGGUAAAGUUUAUUAGUCCACCUCUUUUUUCUGAUGUUGCCAACUCUCUUCAUGAUGCAACAAUGGUUUAGCCUGGUGCUGUGGAAGUGUCGUGUCACAUAUAGCGUAGUUUUAGAAUCUUGAAGAAUUUUAAACAGAGGAAUAGUAGAUAUGCUGUAUACCUCAAACUAAAAUAUAAGAAGCAAGCUAUGUAAUGAUGGUGCACAUGUGUUUCUGAUGUGAGGCUGUAGAUGUUGGAAAUGGAGGAAAUGAGAUCUCAGGUAGUCAGGCAUGUGCUUGCAGUUGCAGAAACAUCAUUGGACAAAUUACUGUUCUGUAUGAACUGCUCCUCUUGUUUUACUUUAUUCUAAUUUCUUAGGUGUGGAAAUCUCUCUGCCAUGAAGGCCGCUGACCCUUGUCUCGCUCCCCGGCGGCGGGCUGGUUCAGUUUCUAUCAGGCGCACACAGAGCAGAGGAAAACGAACAGAGUACUAGUGCAGUUCUGGAGAAACAGAGAGACAAACAGGUGAGAUGGCAGAGAAUAGUGGUGUCCGUGUCACUUGCAGGAAGAUUGCACAAAACGGAAGUGGUUAUGAACCAAACUUCGGCAAGACCCUAGAAGAGGUAUCUAUUUGGUCCAUAGAAUGAAACUGCAAGAGGUACCAGUUUCUCUCUUUUCACUUCAUAUUGGACAAUUCUGUUAAGGUGCAUUAGGAUCAGGUGAUUAUUAUUCGGUUGGAUGUAAUCUCCGCCAUUUUGUUCUUGUAAUAGCAAUGCUAAUGCUGAGAUCCUGUUUUUUUUGUUUCGAAGGGCAAAUUAGGGCAACAGGACAAAUUCUACUAUGAUGAAAAGUUGAAGCGACGGGUAUAGGAAGAAGUAACAACAUCAACUCAUCCCUGCAGUUCAACAGUUUGACAGGUGGUGGCUUUUCCGGCAAACCUGUAGCAAGUUCAAACCGAAAGGGGCUCGCUGUUCACGGCGAAUCAAGCGGAUGCCUGCAAGAGAUGGACAGGUUUGCCCUCUGAUUUCGAAUGGAACUCCCUGAAACCGCACUAAAACCAGGGUGUAGCACAAUCUUGGGGUUUUCCGAGUGUUUCGCCGGUUAUUUUGCAGCAUGUAUAGAUAAUUCACCCUUGAUUUUGUCUUUUAGUUUUCCUGGCGAAAAGGAAAAAAGAAAAGAAAAGAAGAGAAGAUAAGAGAGGGAUGAUGUGUGUUUUCUAGCGUAAGGAAGGAAAACUUGCUUGGCUACAUCGUGCUAGAAAAUUGUUGAUGUCAUGUACUACAUCUGCACCCUUCCAUAAUCCACACCAUGGUGUAUUAUCCUU